GUCGCAGACAUCAUUAAAACUAGUAUUCUUGGAUUCCACGAACCGCUGUUGCUAGAAAGAAGAAGUCCAAUCCCAGGUCCCCUCACUUCUAGGCGUCAGCCAAACGUCUUCAAAAUGCCACCGCGGAAAUCAACAGCCAAAUCAUCCAAACCAUCAACAUCAUCAACACCCAAAGGCCGCCGCUCUGCACUCGCCAAAGAAAACGACAUCACCGCUGAAGAAGAAGCUGAAAUCAAAGAAGCAUGGAACAUGUUUCGCUUAGACGCCAACGAUCAAGAUGUGCCAGAGGAAUUCGAGGAUGAGAAAAUGGGGAUUGUGAGGACGAGGGAUGUAAGUGCGGCGUUAAGAGCCCAAUCCCUGCAUCCCAAAUCCGCCUCCCAACUCACUUCCAUUCUCGAAACCCUCGACCCCACAUCAACCGGGUACGUGACAUACGCCCACUUCGUGGCCAUCUGCGCAUUACAACUAUCGACCAAAACCGACGAAACACGUGCCGAAGAAGUCAAUGAUGCAUUUGCUCUGUUUACUAAUGUAGCGGGGCGUCGCACACCCUCAGGUCCGGUCGCGAGUGUUAAUGUCGAUGGAGAGCCGGUUAUCAAUCUACAUGAUUUACGCGCCGUGGCGAGGUUGCUCAAGCAAGAUGUUAGUGAUGAUGUCUUGAAGGCGAUGAUUUUGGAGGCGAAUCAGGGAAAGGGAGUGGGAAAGGGGGUCACUGUGGAUGAUUUCAGGGGCGUUAUGGUGAGGGCGGGGGUUUUUCAGGAAUGAAGUUAAUGAAUGACAAUUAUCAUGAUGGGAAUUCUGGAGUCCUGGAAUCGUGGUUGGAUCUCCUGGUCGAGCUUCCAUCUCCACGACGCGCUCCCUUCUCAUAUCGACGACUUGUCAAGGCUGACUACAAAAUCACCACAUUACGACAGUUCAAUUCGCCGGUCAAAAGCACCUCGAAACAAGAUCAUCCUCACAUUGGUAUAUCUCGGCCAAAAUCACUCCACGGGUAUUAUCAUAUCAAUUAUAUUACAUCCAGACUAUCCAUCUUCCAGAUUUCCACAUGUGCGACAUCAGACUCGGGAAUUCUAGUCACUCUCCUCUUCCUGACAACCUCCUGCGAAUACUCCACAUGGUCAUCCACGAUACCCGAGUCACCGCCAGAGCCAUCUCUGCUACUCAGGGCGACCGGCGUCUUGACGACAUCUUCAUACACCUGCCCAAUCUCAAACACCUUGUCCCCAAAGCCCACAUAACGUAUGUGAGGAACGUCGACCGCCGCCUUUUCCAUUCCGCUAUGGGUUAUACGAAAUGGCCCAUUUUCACCAACUUGACAUUCUUCGAAAGAUUCUUCGUCGAGCUGGUCGACAAACUGGCGGAAUUCACACGCUAGCCUCUCUCCCUCCAGACCUUCGGUUGCAGGAGCCAGGAUUCUCAAUGCCCACAAAUGAGUGAGGAAAGGGACAACCAGGCGGAAGAAGUCAAAGCCCGAACAUAUGAUGGGUGCACUGAGUUGCGUCAAGUUUGGCGCGGAGCGAAUGAGUCUGACGAUCAUUUCCUGAGACAACGGCCACCUGGCGGGGAGUAUAAGGUGUUUCAGCGUUGGACCACACACGUCGCAGAUGCUGUCCAUGUAGAGGUCACGGAGAUGGAUGCUGGUAGUGUUUCUGAUGGAAUUCGCCGCAGCGUCAGUGCCCCCAUUGCAAGUGGCGGGAGCGAUCAACGGGGACUGGUCCCGCGAACUGGGAGUGACGGCGUGGCCUGAAUUGCGUGGCACAUGCCGAGCAUUGACCAAAUAGAGACGUUCCAAACCACUUGCGCGAGCCAGAUCAUGGGUGUGGCGUUUAUGUAAUUGAUCGAGCCUCAGCACCUUGGGCUUUGGAAGAACUUUGUCACUCGGAAUCAGCCAUGUUUUGUCGAGGAACCACGUUGCGUUUGAAGAUGAUUUGAAGGGACUCUCGUCAGGGCCGAAACAAUUCAGAGCCGUGAAGUCGUCGCACAGACCCGUAUCCACC